CGCAAGGUGGGGUGUCCGUGACAAUGUAGGACGCCUGUGAAGAUGGAACGGUGACACAACGGCCGCCGAUGUCAUCGUCAGCAUGUAGGGGAAGCCAUAGCAUUUUGCCAUCCUCUUGCGAUCCGGGACGCUCGCCACUGCAGCAGACCUGUCCUACAAGAACGGUGGCGAGAGCAACUGCUGCAGAGUCCCCCCAGGUGAUAGAGAGGAUCAUAGCGAGGUACUCGAGGAUGCGUACCGACGUUGAAGCGGAUGAGGGAGGUGUGCAGGGGGCGCAGGCUGAGGAGGAGUGCACGGAUGACGAGGAGGAAAGCGAGGAGGAUGACGACGUUGUGCUGAAGGAAGUCACACCGAAAACCGCGAAGAAAAAGACGACAAAGAGUCGUGGGAAGUCGAAGGCGAGAGAUGGUGGAGGGGAUGCUGAUGGCGAGGCGGGUGGAGGAAGAAACUAAAAGAAUUGGGAUUGGACGAUUCGCUCGUCCUUGUCCCGUGCAAAAGGGAUGUUGACGAUCAAAUGGCCAGCCAGAGGAGCAACUUCGCGCGGAUGAAGACGAAGACGUGGAAAUGGAACGAGAUAGCAAAGCAUAUGGCCCAGCAAGGGGUUACAAAUAGAGAUGGAGACUUGUGCAUGAAAAGGUGGGAGAACAUCUUCGGGUGGUACACGAAAAUCUGGGAUGGGGAGAAAGACUCUGGCCUGCAGUCUUUUUUCCUGUUGACAUCGAAGAAACGGAAAAAACUGAGGUAUAAGUUCGCGAUGGAUUGACAACUGUACAACGCCAUCCACACGAC